GAAAUAUUUGCUAAUUAUUCUGGUCUUGUCUUUUUACCUGUUUAUGUUUCAAAACAGACCCAUAUGGUCAAGGUUCAAGAAGCUAUUCACCAUGGCAUGAUUGCCGCAGAUUUUCUUUCAAACACUAAACGAGUUGUCCAGGCUAUCGAGCUGUGGAGCGAGUGCUUAAUACUACUAAACAACAAAACCUUAGAAAACGAACAUGAACUUGCCACAAUAGUGAGUAUAGCGCUGUAUAAGAAGCUGUUUUAUGGAAAUGCUGCUAUUACGAAACUUUCACCAGCUAUAGAAUCUGGCAAAAAGCUUUUAGUCCUACUUCGUAAUCGUAAGAGAAAAAAAGAAGAAGGUAUCACAGCCUUGAUGUUAUCAGGACUGUACCUCCAAAAACAUGAAUACCAGGAAGCACAAGCAAUCCUCAAAAUUGCACUCUGCGUUUACAAAGAAAUCGAAGACAAACACGGAGAAGCGUGGUGCUACCUAUUCCUAGGAGCUUUGUUCGAAUCUGUCGGAGAGUAUGCCAAGGCUGAAGAAUAUCUUCAUAAAGCACUUACCAUCAACACAGAAAUUGGCAAUAAACACGGAGUAGCGUUAUGCUACACAAACCUAGGAGCUUUGUUUGCAUCUGUCAGAAAAUAUACCAAGGCUGAAGAAUAUUUUCAUAAAGCAUUUACCAUCAACACAGAAAUUGGCGACAAACACGGAGUAGCGUUAUGCUACAUAAACCUAGGAGCUGUGUUUCAGUCUGUCGGAGAAUAUGCCAAGGCUGAAGAAUAUCUUCAUAAAGCACUUACCAUCAACACAGAAAUUGGCGACAAACACGGAGAAGCGUCAUGCUACGGAAAACUAGGAUAUGUGUUUGAAUCUGUCGGAGAAUAUGCCAAGGCUGAAGAAUAUCUUCAUAAAGCACUUACCAUCAACACAGAAAUUGGCGACAAACACGGAGUAGUGUCAUGCUACAUGUACCUAGAAAGUGUGUUUCAAUCUGUCGGAGAACAUGCCAAGGCUGAAGAAUAUCUUCAUAAAGCACUUUCCAUCAGCACAGAAAUUGGCGACAGACCAGGAGAAGCGAUAUGCUUCACAAGCCUAGGAGCUAUGUUUAUGUAUGUUGGAGAAUAUGCCAAGGCUGAAGAAUAUCUUCAUAAAGGACUUACCAUAGUGACCGAAAUCGGUGUCAAAGACGGAGAAGCGACAUGCUACAUAAUACUAGGAACUCUGAAAUUUAAGGCUGGUGAAUGUGAGAAGGCUCAAAAAUAUUUUGAGAAUGCUCUUGAAAUUACCAGGGCGACUGGAAACAUCGAUUUCCAAUUUAAAACGUCCCUUUUUCUAAAUGAUUGUUCUUUUAAAAUAACAGGAAACAAAUCUGAAGCCUUAUCCAAUCUUUGGACAAGCAUUCAAAUUUGCGAAAAAAUGCUUAGUUCUCUAGGAAGCAAAGAUUGCCACAAUAUAUCAUUUUUUGACGAACGCGCGACUCCCUAUCGGCUGUUUUGUUCAUUGAGUUGUUCUAGUGGAAAACCCUAUGAAGCUUUACACGUUGCUGAACUUGGACGGGCCAGAGCUCUAGCAGAACUUAUGUCGAAUCGCUACUCCAUUGAAAAAGAAUUAUCCAUCAACCCACAAUCGUUUGUUGGCAUCGNUCAACACAGAAAUUGGCGACAAACACGGAGUAGUGUCAUGCUACAUGUACCUAGAAAGUGUGUUUCAAUCUGUCGGAGAACAUGCCAAGGCUGAAGAAUAUCUUCAUAAAGCACUUUCCAUCAGCACAGAAAUUGGCGACAGACCAGGAGAAGCGAUAUGCUUCACAAGCCUAGGAGCUAUGUUUAUGUAUGUUGGAGAAUAUGCCAAGGCUGAAGAAUAUCUUCAUAAAGGACUUACCAUAGUGACCGAAAUCGGUGUCAAAGACGGAGAAGCGACAUGCUACAUAAUACUAGGAACUCUGAAAUUUAAGGCUGGUGAAUGUGAGAAGGCUCAAAAAUAUUUUGAGAAUGCUCUUGAAAUUACCAGGGCGACUGGAAACAUCGAUUUCCAAUUUAAAACGUCCCUUUUUCUAAAUGAUUGUUCUUUUAAAAUAACAGGAAACAAAUCUGAAGCCUUAUCCAAUCUUUGGACAAGCAUUCAAAUUUGCGAAAAAAUGCUUAGUUCUCUAGGAAGCAAAGAUUGCCACAAUAUAUCAUUUUUUGACGAACGCGCGACUCCCUAUCGGCUGUUUUGUUCAUUGAGUUGUUCUAGUGGAAAACCCUAUGAAGCUUUACACGUUGCUGAACUUGGACGGGCCAGAGCUCUAGCAGAACUUAUGUCGAAUCGCUACUCCAUUGAAAAAGAAUUAUCCAUCAACCCACAAUCGUUUGUUGGCAUCGAAGAAGUAAUUAAGAAAAAUGACAAGAGCACCUGCCUCUACAUCUCCUAUGACUACGGUGACAAUAUAUUUUUGUGGGUUUUGAAACAAAGCAAAUCGGUAGCUUUCCGAAGCAAGGAAGUUUGUGAAAGCUAUGUUAGCAAGCACGGCAAAAUCUCUGUGUAUGACCUGUUUGGAAAAAAAAGCUUCUUAAGAAAGUUUCACGUUUUACCUCAAGAGCAAUGCGAAGACCGAUCACUCUUCUCUUCAUUCACCAACCAGCGUCCUCUUUUAGAUGAGGAAGAAGUAUACACAGGCCCUGAUCCGCCAACACUUUCUCAGGUUUACAACAUGUUGAUUGCUCCCGUACGUGACUUGCUAGAAGGAUCUGAAAUUAUUGUUGUUCCUGAUAACUGUUUCUUCCAAGUUCCUUUUGCAGCAUUACCUGAUGAAAGUAACCGCUGUUUAUCAGAUUCUUUCAGGAUACGCAUUGUCCCUUCUUUAACGACUCUCAAGCUCAUUCUGGACAGUCCACCGGACUCUCACAGCCAAACUGGUGCAUUGAUUGUGGGUGAGCCAAAUGUGAUGAAUGUGUAUUUCAAGGGAGAGUCAAGGUAUCUCUGUCCAUUACCUGGCGCAAAAGCAGAAGCAGAGAUGAUUGCAAGACUACUACCUCAAUCUCACCUUUUAAUAGGAGAGCAAGCAACAAAGCAGGCAGUCCUUCAGAGAAUACCCUCAGUGAGUCUCGUACAUAUCGCUGCUCAUGGUGAUGCCGAAAGAGGAGAAAUUGCUCUUACCCCCCCUGACUCCGCAAUGCGUCCUCCGCAUGAAGCAGACUACUUACUGUCAAUGACUGACAUUUCACAAGUUAGACUCUCAGCCAAACUGGUGGUCCUUAGCUGUUGCCAUACCGCACGUGGACAGAUCAAAACAGAGGGCGUUGUUGGAAUCGCUCGAGCAUUCUUAGGAUCGGGUGCACGCUCAGUGUUGGUGGCAUUGUGGGCCUUACAAGACGACGCAACAGAGCAGUUAAUGAGAAGAUUCUACGAAAACCUUGUCCAAGGAGAAAGUGCAAGUGAAUGUCUUCACCGGGCCAUGAAGUGGAUGCGAAAUAACGGUUUCCCUGAAGUGAGGCAGUGGGCACCUUUCAUGCUGAUUGGGGAUGACGUGUCAUUUCACUUUGGUGAAGAAAAGUGA